CAAGUCUCCACGAACAGUAGGUGGCGCUAAUGUCUGUUUCAUUCCACGCAUUAAUAAAAGGAAGACGCAUUCAUCUCCAGUGUCGUAUUAAAACAUUUCGAAAAGAAGUUGUGAUGGCGGGUUAUGGCUUGUGUGGAAACUCUCUGAGGCUGGUGCUACUUGGUAAGACUGGUGUUGGAAAGAGUGCAGCAGGAAAUGCACUCCUGGCCAAGAAGGAGUUUAAAUCUUCACUCAGCGACUCCUCAGUAACAAAGGACUGUGCGAGGGGAGAAGGAGAAGUUGCAGGGAGACGUGUUGUUGUGGUCGACACUCCAGGCUUGUUUGACACAAAGCUCUCCAAUGAGGCAGUUCUAAGCGAGAUUGCGAAAUGCAUUCAGCUGUCCUACCCAGGACCCCAUGCUUUCCUCCUGGUUUUAAAGGUGGGUCGAUCCACUGAGGAAGAGAAGAAAACUAUGCAGAUAAUCCAGGAGAUGUUUGGUGAGGAUGCUUUGAAAUACAUGAUGGUGCUUUUCACUCAUAGGGAUUGUCUGGAUGAUGAACAAAUGGAGGAUUUUGUUAACAACGGUCCCACAGGCUUCAAGCAGCUGGUAGAGUCGUGUGGGAACAGGUUUCAUGCGAUCAAUGGAAAAGACCUAAAGGAUCAGGAGCAGAUCAAAGAACUUCUGGAGAAAAUAGAGAACAUGGUGAAAAAAAACGACGUCCCCUUCUACGCCAGCGAGUUCUACGAGCGAGAGAAGAAAAGAAAGGAAACUGAAGCGACGCUCCAGAAGGAAAUUAAAGAUCUUAAGAAGAGGAAUGAAGAGGCAAUGGAUGAUCUUAACAAGAAGAAGAAAGAAAUUGAUGAUCUUAAGAAGGAGAAUAUAAAGGCAAUGGAUGAUCUUAAGAAGAAGAAGAAAGAAAUUGAAAAGUUGCAACAGGAGAAAGAUGAGUACUUAAAGAACAAAAGGGAAUGCUGUAUAUCGUAGCAUUGUAGAUUGUAGGAUUCUUCUAAAUUAAAUUGAAUUUGAUUGAAUCUUAAUUUCCAAGGAAUGAAAUGGCUCCUUCUUAUGCCAAUGACCACUAAUGUCCUGCUUUGUGUUUCCAUUACUAACUGUACUCAGAAUUCAUAUCAAAAGGCCACCCCAGUUGGAUACUGGAAGGUGAUACCAGUAACAGGCUGGUUUUAUGAUCCAGACAAGGCAGUAGAAAAUAGGGUUCUUUGGCAUUCUAUUGAAACUUGCAACCAAAUUGGCUAAUACAGUAUAACAUGAGGACUCUGCAGUCAUCACUCAGCAGUCAAUAGUCAAAACCCUAUUGCUCUCUGGCAUCACGGGUUUAAUAAGAGCUAUUGACGGCAGUUUUCACCUUAAAGAGGAUAACUGUUCCCUGUGGGUUUAAAAAAGUGACAUUUGUUGAGCAAUAAAUUAUAACACCAACCUCCCUCCCCUCCCCUUCCAUCAACCUCAGUCAAAGCACCUAAACACAGACUUAUCUAAAAAAUAUAUUUGGAUAAGAACCACUCUCAUGGCAAGAAUGAUUGCAAACACGUAAAAAGAGGACAUUGAUAAAAAUAAAAGGAAAAUGACAUUUGGGUUUUUUUCUGACCAACUUAAUGAUUCUAAUGCAUUGCUUGUUUUCAAUUAAGAAAUAUAAAUGUAAUGUGUUUUGUAAUGUAUGAACCUGUUUGCCUAAACUGUCCGCUUCAUGUAAUAAAUGUCACAGUGUUCCAAUAUAAAUUCAAUCACUGUGCAAUGCUUGAUUCCUGUGCUGUUUAAUAAAUGUCACACUGUUCCAAUAUAAAUUCAAUCACUGUGCAAUGCUUGAUUCCUGUGCUGUUUAAUAAAUGUCACACUGUUCCAAUAUAAAUUCAACCACUGUGCAGCGUUUGAUUUCUGUGCUGUUU